UUGUUUAUUGGUUUCAAAAUGGCGGCUUAGAUGCCAAGGUUUUAUUUUCCGCGUCAAAAUUAUUUUAAUGAAACACAUAGCAACCGGCAUUUUUUCUCUUUAUUUUUUUUUCAUCUUAUCUUUAAGUAUUUGUGUUACGACAGUUCAAGUAUAAUUGAACUUUUUUUCUUGUUGAAAAAUGUCAAUUCAAGGAAAAAAGAUCGUUGGGUCAAGCUCAAAGCAACGCUCCGCAAACAGUAAAGAGGACACUUUAGAAAAAGUCAGAGUAAUGCGCGAAAGGCAGAGCAAAUGGAUGCGACAGAGAGAAGAAGCAAAAUCAAGUGGAAGGGAUAAGCCGAUAAAAAGUGCCAACUCGGUUGAAAGUUUUGGCAGUAAAAGCAGAGAAAGUUUCAAUUCGAGUAGAAAGGCAAGUGCUUCAGAUUUCGAUUCCGCUGGAAGAGAUGCAAUGCAGAGUCCAAGAAGGAAACCUCUUUACGAGCCACCAAAACGAGAUCGCUCGAAUAUGAUAACGUGGUCAGGCAGUGCGGAUAACACAGGGAAGGCUAAAAGACCACCAUCUGCAUCUAGAUCUCAACAUGAGAGAGAAACAAGCUCUAGAUCAACUAAGCUAGACAGUAGCCGAAGUAAUAAGUCAGAGACGGGAAAAGGGAAGCCAUAUGAACCUUUGAAAUAUGGGGGCAGUGCUAAACCUUCUGCGGAUGUGGUGGCCAGUGCAAGGGUACUUUAUAAUAAGCUUGAACCUAUUCAAAGAAAUAAUGAAAAUACUGAAUCAAGAGCAAAUUAUGGUGAUGAUGAUGAAAGUGGUGAUGAUUCUGUUGAUGAGAGUGAGAUGAAGAAACAAAAUGGACUGUACAAAUUAGAUGAACAGAGAGGCAUAUCAGAAAAAGGCAUUGAUGCAAGUAUGAUUGAUGCAUUGGCAGAGACAGUAGCCCAGAGGCUCAAAACAACCAUGCAACCAAACAACAGACAGUCAGCACCACCUCACAACCAACAAGAACUAGAUGCAGAGGACAUGUCAACUCAUCUUUGUCCUCUCUGUCAGACUCUUAUGUCAGGGUCGCGACACACCCCAGUUGCCCUGAUCCCUUGUGGACACACCUUCUGCCAGAUGUGCACCAGGGACUGUAGAAAGUGCCCUGACUGUCAGAUGAGGGUUAAGGCUACUGCUGUCAACACCGUUAUGCAGCAGAUUAUAGGGGACUUUAAGGCACAGAAGGAAAAGGAGCGAUUAGCUAAGCUUGAAGAGCAAACGAGAAAGUACAUUGAUGAGUACCAAUCUUUGUCAUUGAGAUCCAGAGCCCUUGCAGAUGAGGCUGAGAGUAUUUUAAACAAUAUGGAGGACACCACUGAGCAAAUAUUUCAAGAGAAAAAGGUGGUUAAAAAGCUCCAAGUUGACGAAGAAGAGAUUAAGCAUAGAAUUAGUGAACUUCAAGACCAACUUGCCAAGAACAAAUCCAAACUUUCUGAAACUCAGGAACGAUGUGAAAAGUUAGAAAUUCGGUAUGAUGAGGAAAAACAGAGACUUUCUCUUGUUGAGGACACAAUUAAAACAAUAACUCAAAGCAAAGAAAGAGUCAAAAUGAUGGUGAAUAACUUUGCCCCAAAUUUGAAUUUAGAAAAUUUUGAUUAAUUGAUAUAAUAAAGAAGUAAUUAUAAUAGAUAAACUUAUAAAUAAUGUAGACACUGCUUGGGGCUGUGAUUUUUGGCCUUGCUAAACAUAUAAACAUAUUUGUCAAAUAUUUGAAUCCAACUCUUGCGCAAGCAUGUUUUUUGAGGUGGCUAAACACGUGAACACACAAAGAGAUUAAAGUGGUGCCAUAGAAAUUUCUACCUCAGAUUGGAUAAAAGCAAGAAGAGUGUGCACUUUUUUGUUGGAUAUCUGGUUAAAGGGCAGAAGAUUUACAUUCAUCUCAAAUGUUUGAUAUAAAUAUUUUGAUCGUGUUCAAACAUCUGGGACUAUUGGGGGUGUCACUUUUUUGUGUGUGGCUAAGCAUAGAAAAAUGGCUGUCAAAUUUUUUUUUUGGCAAACAGAUUUGUAUGUUUAGCCAGCCUUUACAAAUAAAAAAAGCUUCACCCAAUUCUUGUCUGAUGGAAUAGGAAUUACAGGUACCCAAGAAUUAAUAGCAAAAGGGUAUCUUUUAAUUAGAAAGCUGCCUUUUCGGUCAGUCAGGGCUGGAUCUAGCAGCCUAUCCGGUCAGUCAGGGCUGGAUCUAGCUUUUUGGCAAGGGGUUUGACCAAAAAGUUUUUUCAUUAUUUUACUUUCUUAAUACCCUGGGUACCAUAGGCUCAAAGCUUGGCGAAAAAGGUUUUGAGCAAUGCUUAAAUCGCUGUUGCUGGGAAGCUCUGAACCUCUGGUACCCAUGGUGCCUUCGUAACGAUUUUGGAAUGAACAGGCAAUAAAAAAGGAAGCCCAAAGGCCCCGACAGCAACCGGCAACAGCGGUUUAAGAGUCACUCAAAACCAUUUUCGCCAUCCCCCCCCCCCUCCGCUUCCUUCAGUGGUGAGAUCAGCCACCAACCAUAAAAUGAUACUGGGAAAAAUGGUAAAAAAAAGGGAAACAUUUUCUACUUUUAUGCCUCUCAGGGGGCACAGGAACAAAACAUGUCUUACAUGAAUUAUCACAAAAAGAUAACUUUUUGAACAACCUUUUAUAUAGCCUUUCAAAUAGUAUUUCAGGAAGAAUGGCAUUUUAUAGCCAAUACCAAGAGAGCAUAAGAUAUAAUUGAUGUCCCAUAAAUGAUUCCGUGUCAUUCAAGCUCAAAAGAGACAAUUGAUGGUCGUGAUUGGUUGAUUCUGAUGGCGGGAGAAGUACGAAAACCAUCACCAGGCUUCCCCUCGACGUGUCUGUCUGGUCUCGGUGCCCUUAUCAACAAAGCGCCCCCUUUUUUACAUUGCGUAUUCUAACUAUGAGUAGUCUUCUACUUCUACUUCUUCUACUUCUACUUUAUUAACUGAUAAAACCAUGUCGGUAUCACAUCAGUAUAAAUAAAUACAAGGUAAAAAUAUACAGAUCUGUAAUAAUUUACAUAACUUAUACAAUAUAUUCAUAAUUUGUAAAAUAAAUUUAUAAAAUAAAUUUUCAAUAAAGUAAUUCAAUUAAAUAAUUUAACUUAAUUAAUUUAUAACUUGAAUACUAGAACCACUGGCCAUUAUCAAUUAAAUGCUGCUGAAGCUUCUCUUUGAAUUUGCCCUUUUCUUUUAUGUCGGUAAUUGAACCUGGUAAAUUGUUCCAAAAAUUUAUAGACCACGGGAAAAAGCUAUUUGCAUGCUGGUUGCACUUGGAAUGUGUUCUAUGGAAGCGCUUGGAGUUGCCAUUCCUUGAAGGCCGGUCCAUCGGAACCAAGAAGGGCUCUCUCUCAAUGUCCACAGUUCCAUAAACAACCUGAUGGAACAUGGACAUUCGAGAGAGAGUCCGUCUGCCCUCAAGGGAUGGCCACUCCAGCUCUCUUAGCAUGUUUGUUACGACCCCUGGCUCCCUCAAAUAAUUAUUAUAGCAAACUCUGGCUGCAGUCCUCUGCACCAUAUCAAGGCGGUGUUUAUCCUUUUGGAGAUGCGGGUACCAGGCAGAGUUUGCGUAUUCAAGCUUCGGUCUAACUAGACUGCAAUAGAGUUUAGACUUGCAGUCUACCGAGGCUGUUCUAAAAUUUCUUCUAAUGACCCCAAGGGUCUGAUUUGCACUAGAUGUAAUUUGUGCGAUGUGUUUAUCCCAUUUUAAAUCCCCUGAGAGUAGUACUCCUAGAUAGGAGUGAUGGUAAACCCUCUCUAGAAUCCUGUUGUUAAGUAUAUAGGGAUGGUCUGGAAUUUUCGCUCUGCUUGUGGAGAAGCACAUAGUGUGGCAUUUCUCCACAUUAAAGGCCAUUUGCCAAUCCCUCUCCCAUCUAUUUAAAGCAUCAAGAUCGUUUUGUAGAGCUAGGCUGUCAUUUGAGCCAUCAAUAGUGCGAUAUAAAAGGCAGUCAUCUGCAAAAAGCCUAAUAGUUGACGAGAUAUUUAGAGGGAGAUCAUUUACAAAAA